UCUAAACAUUUUAGGAGUGAGAGAAAAGUGAAGGAAGCCAGAGAGUUGAGGUUUUUAAAUGUUUUUAAUCUCAAUCACUCCAAUCGUUUUUUUAUUGACAUAAUCCAAAAGUUAUUUUGAGGCAGGGGUUUUCAUUGUGAUCAGACUCUCAUAAAUUAUUUGUAAAGUUGCUUUGAAGAAACUCCGAUUCGAGCAGGUGGAGCAUCUAUUCCGACACGUCAAAAGGGGACUUGGAUCUUCUUUUGGGAUAUAAUUGUUGCCAGCAUUUGUAUGCUACUGGCCUACGUUAUUACAUUGAUAGGUCAGUUAUUUGUUUGAAGGACGUUUCCAAAACAAAAGCCGGCUUUUUGUUCGUCGUUGAGUUUGCUCGUUUUACCUUUCACCUGUCAUUAUAGCCUAAGACCGAACAUGUCUGCUGAAAGGUUUUCAACUUUGGAUGAACCGUCGCUUCGGAAUCUGCUGGAUGGGACGAUGGACCUGGAUGAGCGGCGGCUGAUCCGUUCAGCCAUCAGAGAGCUGAGGAGGAGAGAGAUAGAGGACAUGGAGGCAGCCCUGGCCAGCAAACGCUUCCGGCACAAACGCCUCAACCAGAAUGACGACAAAGAGAACCAGCUCACAAAUAGGUCAGAUUUGGGUGACUCCCUAAACAUGCUCUCUGUGAAACUACAAGCCAUCCAGGACAUGGAGGAACUGACUGGACUGCUGCGCGGGGCCACUGAGUAUGAGGAGAGGAAACUGAUCAGAGCUGCCAUCCGCCGCCUCCGAGACGAGGAGCAGCAGGGUGCAGGGCAGAAAGGGGGAACCACUGGCCGAUGCCUGGAAUCUGAGGGCCUGGAUCUCCUAAACAGCCUGGAAACAGGGGACACAGAAAGGGAGAGCUUUGGUGAGCGACAGAGAAUCAAGUCACAGAUCCGGGAGCUGCGCAGCCACCAGACGCAGCAGGGCAGAGAGCUACAUAGGACAGGCUCCAACUCAGGCAUGGUUCUAGUUCUGGACCCCCUGGUGAGGAAAGAGGUUUCCGGCCCUCUGCUGAACCACCCAAAGAUCUGGGACCCUGUGACAUCAUCAGAGGUGGAUGUGGUCCUGUCCCACCGCCAGUGCUCUGACUCGACAUCCUCGGACCACACCCUGGCCUCCAGGCCACGUCUCGACUCAGGAGCCUCAGAGAAGAGCCUGGGUCUGGGCUCAGCCUUCAGAACCAGGGUGGACUCAGGAGCGUCAGAAAAGAGCCUGGGUCUGAGCUCAGCCUUCAGGACCAGGGUGGAUUCAGGAGCGUCAGAAAAGAGCCUGGGUCUGGGCUCAGCCUUCAGAACCAGGGUGGACUCAGGAGCGUCAGAAAAUAGUCUGGGUCUGGGCUCAGCCUUCAGGACCAGGGUGGACUCAGGAUCGUCAGACAGAAGCCAGUGUUCAGUCCACAGAGGCAGACUGGACUCUGGGGCCUCCGAGUCCCGCUUCAGACCGAGACUAGACUCUGGCACGUCAGACUCCAGCACGGGACCGCCAGCCCCUCUAGGCUCUGAGACCUCUGACAGUGCAGGGCUGCUGUCACGGAAACGACUGGACUCUGGGACUUCUGACCUGAGCGUGGGUGUGUCUUCUGUUGAGCGGGGCCGUGUGGAAGAGCCAGAGGUGACCAUGAGUAGCUCCUCCUCCAGCACAGAUUCAGAGGCUGAGAGCACCAACCACCAUUCAGCCCAACCCCGCCAAGACCGCUCCACUACCAACUGUGAUCAGCCUGAUGGGGCCGUCCUAUCCAGGAAAGCCUCAGACUCCCACAGUACCCUGCUCAAUGGCAGUUCCAAGGGAAAAGGAGACAUCCAGGAACAGAAGGUCAGAGAUACUUUAUUCACUACUCUCAGCAAAGCAAGCAAUGCAGUGCCUGAAAAGGAGCCGGUUGUCUUGGCCCCGUUUGGCCGGGCUAACUCUGUGCGGGACCGUAUGCGUAAGUUUACAGAGCCCAGCCCAAGCCCCAGUGUCCCGUUCCUGAAGAGGGGCUCUCAGUCUCUAAGGAAUGGGACAGCCCCCAGUGCCCGAGUCCUAGGCAGAGCCACCGAGCUGAGUGAGGGACGAGCAGCAGGGCCAGUCAACCAAACAGCAAUGACCACAGCAGUAUCCAUCAGAUCCCUUACAGACAGGCAUGGGAGACCCCAUGUAGGUUCUACAUCGUACCCUUCAUCUUCCUCCUCCUCAGAGAACCUUGUCCAAUGCCAGGGCACAAUUCAGCCAGGGGGCGUGGCCACCAAAGAUCUGCAAACCACUGCUCAUUCCAUGAGCACUGUAGGCGGGGCGAAGCAGCUGGCUAAAAAGCUGCAGCACUCCUCGGGCAUCUCAAAGGAAGACAAGACCCCAGGGAACCAGGGAGAGGCAGACCCCGACAUGAAGACCUUCCUAACUAUCGAGAUCAAAGAUGGACGCACCAUCACCUCCUCCUCCUCCUGCUCCUCCUCCUCUUCCUCUAGAGGCAACGUGGCCUCCAUGACCCCCAUGGCCCAACGCAUCACCACCAACUCCCUGGGACAGAGAGCAGAGUUGACCAUGGGUCUGAGAGCGACCCCCUUCAAGACCCCCUCCAGCCUCACUUCUGGAUCCUCAUUCAAGAUGGAGACAGAGCCUGUGAUGGCCUCAGAGCCAGUGUUUGCAGUGGAGCCCUCGGUGCAGGUGGCAUGCUGUCAGGCCCCGGCUACUGUACCCAACGGCUCUUCUGCAGCUCGGGCCAAAGUCGAAGAACGCUCCGGAAAACUGACUGCAGAACAGCUGGCCGCCAUCGACGAUGAGGAGCUCCUGGAUAAAAUGCUGGAUGAGUCCAAGGACUUUGAGGAGAGGAAGAUGAUCCGACAGGCCAUGAGAGAUCUGCGUAAGAGGAAGAGAGAAGCCGUACUGGGAUGUACACAGGAGGAAAUAGACCAGAGAGAAAAGGAGAGAGAGGUUCGUCUUGUAGAGCUUCGGCAGCAGAGAGAAGAGCGUGCUCAGAAGGGUCGUACGGGAGGAGGAGGAGCUGAAGAGGUCGUGAUGAGGAAAGUGGAGAAGUCAGCUGAUGGCUCCACCCUCAGCCAAGUCACCAAGACAAACCACUUCGCCCAGUCUGGUGAUGGCAGCAGGACAGCUCACAGCACCAUCAUGGAGGCCAGUUAUGUGAAGAAAACAGACAUGGGGACAGUCCAGUCAAAGUCCUACAGCUACUCAUCUACCUCUUCCAGCUCCAGUUCCGCCAGGAAAGUGGGCAGUGUGUUUGACCGUGAGGAUGACACAGCGUCCCGUGCUGCGGAGCGCCGGCAGGCUGAGAAGCGUAAGGAGCUGAUGAGAGCCCAGAGUCUGCCCAAGACGUCCGCUGCACAGUCCCGCAAAGCCAUGAUCGAGAAGUUGGAGAGCGGAGGUCCAGGGAAUAAAGCGGUUGCCAAGGUGAACAUGGUCCAGCGCUCCGCUAGCUGUGUGGUGCCCAAUGCCAACUCCAUCAAACAGAUGCUGCUGGACUGGUGCCGCGCCAAGACCCGCUCAUACGAGAAUGUGGACAUCCAGAACUUCUCGUCCAGUUGGAGUGAUGGCAUGGCGUUCUGUGCCCUGGUCCAUAACUUCUUCCCAGAGGCCUUUGACUACUCCUCUCUCACUGCUGCCAACCGCAGACACAACUUUGAGGUGGCCUUCAGCACUGCAGAGGAAUGUGCCAACUGCAUGCCCCUUCUGGAGGUGGAGGACAUGAUGAUCAUGGGGAGGAAGCCUGACUCCAAGUGUGUGUUCACCUACGUGCAGUCACUGGUCAACCACCUGCGCAGGCACGAGAUGAAUCUCGCCAAGGCCUUUGCCAAACUCCAGGGCACCGACUUCUGAUCUGCCCCUGAGCUCACAGUCUGUCCUCUCCCAUCGCACCACUAUACUGUACCCCUCCUGUCCUCCUGAGCCCUGUCCCUCAACACCACCCCUGUCCCAGCAGGCUGACAGCAGCCCAGACUCUGAGUGAGCGGUGUUACUGAUUUGCACAUCUCUGAUGGCCAACGACGGAAGAGUGUUUGUGUCGCAGUGUUUAUCUCUCAUGAUUAUCUUUGUUGACAGUUGUGGCAUGUCAGACAGAAAUUCCCCUCCUCUGGACACACAUUUGUUCAGGCUGUGCGAACCUUCCCAAAGGAAAACUCCAACGUUUUCAUUAUAGAGAAUCUAUUUAAGCUUUAAUUGAUACGUUAUACUGAAAUGUAGUUGUAGUCUAUCAGUAGGCAAUUCUAUUCAUGCUUUGGAAGUCCUAGGGUUAUGGCACCAACAAAACCCUGCAUGAAAUGAACAUGAGAAAAAUAUGCAUUUUGUUGUACUCACUCACUCACCUUAAUGCCGACAUGUUUUUUCUGUGACAAUUGCAAGAUGUUACUCAAGCUGUUGGUGAUGAUGAAGAAAAAUAAUAUGCAUCUGUUUUAUAUUCCUUCAGUCCCCACUCUGGUUCUGUUUAAGGUGCUAACAAAUCUACUUGCUUUUUAAAACACAUCUACUUUAAUUGUUUUAAAUAGCCCUUAUUAUUUCUAUUUUGUUGUUAAUAAUUAUCAUUAUUACUAUUUAAGUUUAUUCAUAAGCACUGGUAUGGAGGGAUGUUAUUCAGUCAUUGUGAUAUAUAGUAGUUAGCAUUAUGACAUUGGUGGAUCUGUUUGUACAGCCCUAUGCUGAGUAAGAACCAUAUCUGAAUCUACAAAACCAGAUGACGUUAAAGCCAGACUAGGUUGUAAUAUCAAUUUUCUAAUACUGAAAUGUUAAAGCCAGACUAAGUUGUAAUAGCCAUUUUCUAAUACUGAAAUUUUAAAGCCAGACUAGGUUGUGAUAGCCAUUUUCUAAUACUGAAAUGUUAAAGCCAGACAAGGUUGUAAUAGCCAUUUUUUAAUACUGAGAUGUUAUGAAAGUAGUUGUGUAACUAUAAUUAAUUGUGUAUUUACACCACUCAUAUUUACAUCAUUUUGGUCAAAGUGGAGAAACACCAGUGUUGAAAAGUAGGUUCCAAGUGCUUCUCAAACAGAUAAAAUCACACAUUGGUGUUGUUUCUAGAUUAUCAUGUCUUUAUUUCAGCUCUUCUCCCUGUCCUUGCCUCAGUUUGUUUCAUUGGGGCAUCAAAAUAUAAUCAGCAUAGGGUUGUCACAUUCAUGUUUGAGAUGCCAGCAAGAAUAAGGCUGUGACCUCAACAAUUUCCCUUCAAAAUAAAAGUCCAGCAAUGAAGAUGGUAGAAAAAUAAUACAAAUGGUCGAAACACAUAACAUUUUAUUAGGACAUUUUCUUUCUUAAUAACAUUUUUUAAAAUUUUGUUUAACACUAUAAAAAAAGGAAAACGCCCAUACGAUCAGACUGAGCAUUCAAAUAGCCAAAAUAGGCGCAGGAAAAUAAAUAAUACAAAAUAUUUUUCUUUAAAUAAACACACAGAGUGAUUUAUUAGACAGAGUGAUGAUUUAAAAAUACAAUUAAAAAGACUGCAUGGGGGCUUUAAGGGCCACAAAAUUAGCAGCGAUGACUGGGGUGUAAACUCUGUGGAUUUGGAAACUAGAAGGGCUGUUGAGUAGAAUGGACACCCCUUUUACUGUGACACAAUGUACAGAACAUUUUGUACAAUCCAAAAAAUGAUAGAACAGAAAAAAAAACAUUGUUGACCAUUUACGCAUGAAUAAUGUAUAAAAUAUAUUGAUAAUUGUGCACAUUUUCCAUAAUUUUCUCCCUAGUUAUUAAUAUACAAAGUAUUCAGGACAGGUCUCAAAAUCCGUGACCUGGAUGUGCUUAGUUAUUUUUGCCAGAUUCACAAUGGUGUCACAUUCACACUGCCAGCACCAUAUGCUUUGAAGUUUUGUUUUUGUUUCAUUUCUAUGAAUCAAACCUAUAGCCAGAACAAAGUUUAUGGUAAUGUGAUUAUUUGAUUGAAUAUGAAAGGUUUGUUGGCGAGGCCAACUUCUCUUCUCUACACCCUUUGGCCCAAUGAAGGCUGGCUUUCAGCUCAGUCGAUUCUAUGACCGAUGAGCAGGAGAGUAUUACUGAUAAAGGCUAAAUGUACUUUAUUUCCAAUGUAUAUUUUCUGAACUUAAGUGAAGAAAAAAAAUCUAUAUAUGCCAUUAUAUAUUAUGAUUUAUAUAUCAAGAAUUGUAAUACUUUUCAGUUAGAUUUAGAACUGGUUUUGAUGUAAUUAACAGCUUUGUUCUCUGUACAUCUGUAAUUGAGACUUGAGAAAGUUACACUUUUUCAAUAUUCCGCUCGUGCCAAUUUGGCAAUCAGAGAGAGCUUUUUCAAACUAGUGAAUCCUGUACUGUACAUACAGUGCAUUCAGAAAGUAUUCAGACCCCUUGAUUUUUCACACAUUUUGUUAUGUUGCAGCCUUAUUCUAAAAUUGAUUAAAUAAAUACAAAUCCUCAACAAUCUACACACAAUACCCCAUAAUGACAAAGCAAAAACAGGUUGGUAGAAAUUUUUGCAAAUGUAUAAAAAGAAGAAACAUAAGUAUUCAGAUCCUUUGCUAUGAGACUCAAAAUUGAGCUCAGGUGCAUCCUGUUUCCAUUGAUCAUCCUUGAAAUGUCAGGCUCGAGGGAAAGAUGAACAGAGCAAAGUACAGAGAGAACCUUGAUGAAAACCUGCUCCAGAGCGCUCAGGACCUCAGACGAGGGCAAAGGUUCACCUUCCAACAGGACAACAACCCUAAGUACAUAGCCAAGACAACGCAGGAGUGGCUUCGGGACAAGUCUCCGAAUGUCCUUGAGUGGCCCAGCCAGAGCCCAUACUUGAAUCCAGUCAAACAUCUCUGGAGAGACCUGAAAAUAGCGGUGCAGCUAUUCUCCCCAUCCAACCUGACAGAGCUUGAGCAGAUCUGCAGAGAAGAUUGGGAGAAACUCCCCAAAUACAGGUGUUCUAUGCUUGUAGCGUCAUACGAAAGAAGACUCAAGGCUGUAAUCGCUGCCAAAGGUGCUUCAACAAAGUCCUGAGUCAAGUGUCUGAUUAAAUUUGCAAAAAUGUCUAAAAACCUGUCUUUCCUUUGCCGUUGUGAGGUAUUGUGUGUAGAUCUCGUACAUUUUAGAAUAAGGGUGUAACGUAACAAAAUGUAAAUGCACUGUACAUGCUUGGACACAUUAUAAUUCCUUGUUUUUGUAGAAGAGUACUGCCCCCCCCCUGGUUCCUCUCUAGGUUUCUUCCCGAGGUUCCUGCCUUUCAAGGGAGUUUUUCCUAGCCACUGUGCUUCUAUAUCUGCAUUGCUUGCUGUUUGGGGUUUUAGCCUGGGAUUCUGUAUAAGAUCUUUGUGACAUCUUUUUACAUCUGCUGAUGUAAAAAGGGCUUUAUAAAUACAUUUGUACUCCACAAUUAAAUGUAAAUUAACAAUUAAAACCAAUUUAAGUUCUAAA